UACAAAUUUUUAUUAUCUGUUUUGCAUUUUGUAUGAUAUCUUAUCUCCAUUUUGUUGUUUACAAGUAUCGUGAAAUUAUGAUAAUAAUAUUCAGGGACGUUUCAGUUAAACUUCAUUUGUACGAAUAGUGCAGGUGUAAAAGACGUAUACGUUAAAUAUUGAAUUUUUCUAUUGGAACAUGACACGUUCAUGUCACGUUUUGUGUAAUCAUUUCAUUAAGGGUCGGCAGGAGUAGUACAGAAACGCCUGGUGAUAUUUAGGCGACUAUUUUUUUCAUAUAUGUAUUUCCAAAAGUACAGUAACGUAACAAAACAAACCGCGCGUAAUAAUUAUACUUUUCGCAAUCAGGAAGACUGUCCGUACUCUGUACAAAGCUCUACAUGGCCCUACAAAAAAUCUCCCGCGAGAGUCUUCCUGUCCCGGAAGAACUACCUAAUAUAGGAUGUCUCAGACUACUCAUACAUCCCUUUUAAAAGGCAAAGAAAUGCUUUUUAGCAAAAAUCCCGAAAAUUUCCGUGAGUAAAUUGAGUACGCUGUAUUCAAUAGUGAUAUUUUUAACUUCCGAUAUUGACUGCGGAAAUUGGCUAUUCAGAUUGUAAGUUGAAUUUUUUAAAUGGAACAUAGCACUUUCAUUUCAUAUUUUUUUGCAUUUUUGCAAAAUGCAUUUUUAAUUUAUCGUCUAUCUGAUCGGAUAGACGUAAUAAAUAAUAAUUCCAGAAGAAUUUUGUUCCACCAGGAAAAAUAAUAUUUUAUAUAAUAUUUAUGUAAGUAAUAAUAAGAAUUACAAUAUUGUGCAAGUUGUCGGUAAUUUCAAUGCUCUCGGUAAUGUCGAUAAGAAUGAUUUCUUCUUUUUAUAACUGGAUGAAAAACUUGUAUUCUCUUCUGUUUAGUUUCUUCUCCAUGGUGUAUUUUGGUCAUUUAUUCGGAUUAGGUUAUGUAUACACGUGAUAGUGCGUUUCUGUCACUCAGUCAAGCACAAGAGUAAGAUUAAGUUAUAUUAAUACAUACACUGCAAACAUUGUACGUUAUUAAAAGCGUUCAUUGGUACAGAUAAGUAUUCCAAAAGUUCAAACUCUUUAUGUGAGUUCCGUAACUAUGAGCUUUUCUGUACACGAGUCACGCAUAGUCUUGUGCAAUAACGAACGCGUGAUAAUAUACAACACUGACAACGACACUGAACACAUUAUUGUUUUGCCUGACCUGCCUGAGUCGAGUAAAAAGAUCGACGUGCACAAUAAUGUGGACAUCGAGGCGUAUCACGCGAUAACGUCUGUGACGUUCUCCGAGGAUGGAAGAUACUUUGCAGUCUGCACGAAUCGCAAGCAGUUGUGCUUGUACGAGGGAAGGGACUCGCCGAAGCUUCUGUCAAAUCGAGAACUCGCCAGAGCUGCAAGCAAGGUGAAGUUUUCACCGAGUAACGACAUCGUCGUCGCGGACAAGGCUGGUGAUGCCUAUCUAUUCUCAACUAGUUCUCCGACAGAGGCUGGAGUUCUACUCUUGGGCCACUUGUCGAUGCUUCUUGACGUACUCAUCACAUGCGACAUGAGGUACAUCCUGACCACCGACAGGGAUGAGAAGAUUCGGGUGUCCAUGUUCCCAAACUGCUACAAUAUCAUGUCCUACUGUCUGGGACAUGAAAAAUUUGUGACCAACAUCUCGGAAUUGCCUCACGACAAGAGCAUCCUGUUGUCGUGCGGCGGUGACGGCAUCCUUAAUUUAUGGGACUACGAGCGCGGAAUUGAACUGAGGUCUAUAAAUUUCCGCGACAAGAUAUCGAAGCACGAUAUCGAGAAGUUCAAUCAAGAUCUUCAAGACUAUCAUUACGAGGAAUCUGUGGAUAUAUUGCCUGUUAAACACUUGAGGGUGUCCUGCCUUAGUAAACUGGAAUCUUUGAUUGUAAUAAGCUUUUAUAGCAGCAAAAUACUAUUAACUUAUACCAUUAUUAGUAACAAAGACACGCGAUUGCACGUAAAUUAUUUGGACUCCGUGACUGUAGAAGCUGAACCCGUGGAAUGUCUUCUGCACAAACAAGAUUUGUGGGUGUUAACAGAUAUAGGACUACGAGUAUAUAAAUUCGAAAAUGAUAGCUUUGUAACUCGUAAUAGCCUAAAUUACACGAUAGAGCGACUGAAUAAGUUGUGGGAAACCCUGGAAAAUACAGUUGCCAAGCAGAAUCUGUUUCCAAUUUUAUAUAAGAGAAAGUACGACAAUGUGCAGGAAUAUCUAGAAAAAAAGAAGAUUCGUCUCGCAAGUAGCACAGACUAAUAUAUAAUAACAUUCUUACAAAUGUUCCAACUAACAUUCGACAAGUGCGAAAUAAACAUUUAUAAUAAUGUUAAACAC